CCGACCUGGCAGCGGCCCCGCGGGGACCGGCGUAGCCUCCUGGGCCAGCGUGAGGCAAGGAUGGCUGCAGACGGGCUCUCCAGCAAGGCCCUAAAGGUGAAGCGGGAGCUGGGGGAGAACACGCCGCUGCUGUCAGACGAGGAGCUGAUGGGGUUGUCGGUGCGGGAGCUCAACCACCACCUGCGGGGCCUCUCCAAGGAGGAGGUGGCGAGGCUGAAGCAGCGCCGGCGGACGCUGAAGAACCGGGGUUAUGCCGCCAGCUGCCGGGUGAAGCGCGUCUGCCAGAAGGAAGAGCUGCAGAAGCAGAAGAUGGAGCUGGAGUGGGAGGUGGACAAGCUGGCCCGGGAGAACGCUGCCAUGCGUCUGGAGCUUGACACCCUCCGUGGCAAGUACGAGGCCCUGCAGGGCUUCGCCCGCACUGUAGCUGCCCACGGGCCCCCUGCCAAAGUGGCCACCGCCAGCGUCAUCACCAUCGUCAAGUCCAGUGCCAACCAGGCCGCCUAUUCCUAGUGUUGGCCCCCGUCCCCCGGCCGGGCACAGGCCCCCCCGGGGUGCCUUCCCCCACGAAUCCCCUCCUGUAUGCUCCCUGACCUCCCUCCCACCAGGACCUAUGCCUGAAAUCCUCCUUCUCCCAUCCUUUGACCUCUAGCUCCUCUGUGUAGAGAGAGCUGCCGCAGCGUGGGCACUGAGGUGGAGGACAGGACCCCACUGGUGGCCCCUGCAGCCCCCUCCCCUCUGACCGAGCCCCGUCCACUGCUGCAGCCCCCCUGGCUAGGCACCCCUCACCCUGGGGGGUGCAGGCAGGAGAGGGCAAGCCUGUGCAGGCAGCAGUGAGGAAGCAUCCCAUGGCUCCAAGCUGGCAGGAAAACACAAGGUGCCUCUUUUUUUUGGGGAAGGCAUAGGAGAGCUGAGUGUGGGCCAGGCACUCCCAGGAGCAUGUGCCAGGGAGGGAAAUGGGGAGAGAGGUUUAGCAGAGAGGGGCAGAAGGCAUACGAUAGAGAGGUGAGGUUGGCACUGGCCCUGCAACUUGGACCACGGCUGGAACAGGGAGGGAGGUGGCAGCACGGCUGGAGCUUCUGGGCAUAGAGAUGGUGAUGGAAGGUGGCAGGUCAGAGGGGAAGAGAAAGUGGCUACAGGUUGGUGUCUGAUGAGGGUGAGUGGGAUGGGAAAGCACCAUGACAGCCUGUGAUGCUAGGGAAGCCCAGAGGUGAUGGUGGUGGAGGAGGGACCCUGGGGCAGGGGAGAGCUGGGGAAUGUGAGCAGGUCAGCCCAGGCUGUCUAUGCAAAGGGAGAAGCAGUGGUGCUGUUUUAUCUCUCUCCAUCACGCACAUCCUUCACGCCUCUUCCUGCCUAAGGGAUACUCAGCCCAGCCAGCCGGGUGUCUCCGAAAUGCAACAGCACCAGCAGGAAGGAAGCAGAGGCAGCUGGAGCAGAGAUAAACACUGUUUUGCUCAGCACAGGCCAGCUUGUACGGCCCCACCAAGCACUCCCUGGCGCCCCACUGCCUACAGAGCCUGUGGAAAAGUGCUCCUGGCCCCCGAGAGCCAGAGCUGCAGAGGCAGAGAGGGGGGUGGAGGUGCAGGAGGUGGGAAGCAGGGGCAGAGAGCAUCCCUGCUCCUGGGAGCUGCCUGGCAGGCAGGUAGGCUCCUCCCUUUGUUUUUCCUCCAGCUUGGACACUGGUGUGGAAUAACCAGCUCUUCAGCAAGCUGAAAUGCUGGAGAAAAGUUGGGUUUGCUAAAUACAGGCAGCACAGGGGAGGUAACAGGAGGCAGACCCUUCUUGGCAUCUGCUGCCAUAGAUGGUCCCCCCCUUUCUGCCCCUGCCUGGGUAUUGCCGUGCCAGCUGCCCUUGGCUGCAGCCUCCAUUCCCGCCCCAGAGAGAGGUGCCUGCAGCUUGUGCAGGGGGCAGUGGUUAGCAUCCCCCCACCCCAACUCCUCUUGGGUUUAUUUAUUGCACGAAACAUAAGUUAUUUUCACAUCCUCUUUGCCAUUCCGCCUCUUGGCACAGCCAGGAUGUUGGUACAGAGCUGUACUUUAUAUUUUAUAUAUGCAAAUCACAUUUUAUCUUAUACUUAUAUAGAGCAAAAAAAUACUUAUUUAUUUUCUGACUUACAGUAUGUGUCCUA